AUAGUGAAUAUAUACUGAUCUUCUUAAAGCCACUUGUGUUCCUCAGCCAUCCCAUAUUUCAUUUGCGGGUCCCUCCCUAACACUUACUGCUAAAAAGGGGUCAGUAUAAAUAGUUAUGACUUUAACAAAUGAGAUACAGACACAGGAAAGAGAGAAGGUGAACUCAUACAUACAAGAACUUUGACCAGCCCUGCAGACAAACACUUGCAUGAUCUAAUAGAAGACAGGCUUUCUGUGCUUUUCAAAGGUUUUUGAUUGAAUCCAGGUCAAGGUGAUAGUGUUGUGUGUGGAAUUUCCCCCUGCAGCCAAAUCAUAAUGUGGUUAGUCUUUCUUGUAUAUCCGUUUGUCCUGAUUCUUCAGUGUGAAGCUCAGAAUGCCUGCCUCACCCAUCCAACAUUCAGAGAGCCAGACAACUCUGAUAUCACAGUUGUGUGUGGCACAAACAAGAUGGAUUUGCAGAUUUUGCUGUGUCCUAUUUACUUCAAUGGCUAUAAUGAAUCCACAAUGGCUCUUAAUGCUCAGUUUGCCAGACCUGAGUGCAUAGGAACGCCUGACUGGACUGUUGACCCACCUGUACUGAAAUUCCAGUUUCUCAUCACUGAAACAGGCAUAUCCACAUGCUCCAACAAGCUGACGAUAAUUCAGGAGGUCGGAUCUGGGCUGUUCUCCGACUUCUCCAAUGUUCAGUCUGUGAACAUCUCUGGGAUGGUCAACUCUCAGGAAAUAAGUACCGGAACCAUCACCUACCGGCAGGAGAUGAUCUAUCUGUUUUCCUGUAGCUACCCACUGCAGUACUUGGUCAACAACACAGAGAUGAGCGUCUCUGGUGUGAGUCUGGCAAUUAAGGACAAUAAUGGCAGUUUCAUCAGCACUCUGAGUAUGAUGCUGUUUGAGGACAUGACAUACACAAGUCGUCUCUCUGUGCCUCCAACGGGUCUAAAUCUGAAGACUAGAGUUUUCGUGGAGGUCCGAGCCACUAAUCUUACACAUAGAUUCAAUGUUCUCUUGGAUCGAUGCUUUGCAACCACCAGUCCUUACCUGGUUAACAACAGCACAUCCUUUGAAUUCUUUGUCGGAUGUAACCACGAUCCGCAAACCAUAAUAGGUGUGAAUGGAGAACAACAGGUUGCACGUUUCUCGUUCGAAACCUUUCGCUUUGUAGAGCACAAAAACAGGUCGGUGUCCACCUAUUACGUGCACUGCACCACAAGACUUUGCGAGACGUCAUUCUGCACAACAUUAAAACAGAAUUGCACAAGUAGAAAGAGGAGAGGCGUCGAGUCGCCUCAAGAAACAACGGUCAGUGAUUAUGCCACAGUUACCUCUGGACCACUCAUGACAAAAGUGGACAAUGUACCCAACACACCCGUUGUUACAGUGUAUGAGAAUUCAAAGCACAAUAACGCCGUGGUCGGAGUCUCGGUGGCAGCUGGCGUGUUCGGGCUCAUGUCUCUUGCCAUGCUGAGUGUACUUCUCUAUAAGAUCCACUCUGAGAGGUUCAAAAUGGACAAACCGUCUCUCUUCCGCUAACAUCUUUUGAUCACUAACGAACACACCAUAUUCCAGUCCUGUAAAAUAGUUGGCUUGCAUGUGCUCCACAGAGCUGCUCUUAUACAAGAGAAGAUGCUGAAGCCCUGUACCCCAUACCUCACUGAAGGAAU